GUUAGCCGUAGACGAAUGACGACCUUCGUUCAGAGACCGGAAAGGAAACCGGUAGCUUUUUUUCUAAAAUCAAAUGUUGUUGCUUGCAGGUCAUCGUAAAUUGAGAAUCCCUUGACGUUUUAAUAAGAUUGCGAAUCAAUGAUGGAAGUGUAGGUUGUCUGGACUCCUGAUCCAGAGAAAACAUGUUUCGACAAAGAAUACCCUUUACACAGAUAGCCCUUGCUACUGUGCUAGGAGUUACCGGGGGUGUUUAUAUAUAUAGACCCAUGUUUGAGUCCCAGCGCAAUAACUCUGUUCCAGAGACUUUGAGUCAUUUGGAAGACUUUGGAACAUCUGAGAGCCAAGGACAGUCUGGAGACUGCAACAGUGUGCCCGAGAGCCAAGGACAGUCUGAAGGGGGCAACAAUGUACCGCAGAAUCCUGGAGGUCAAUGAAACUGUGUUGUAGGGCAUAGGACUGUCGGCAAACCUUAAAGGGGUUAAUAAACAAUUUAAUUUCA